GGAAGUCAUAUUUGAGUAACAUUGUUGAGAGGACAAGAUGGCGAAAUUCAGUAUUCUUUUGCUUUUACCUUUGAUCGCUUUGACAAAUGCUGGACCCACGCCAAGAAUCAUAAACGGAAAGGUAGCGAAACCAGGUGAAAUUCCUUACCAGGUGUCGCUGCAAGUAGCAAAAAUUAUGUUUCAUUUCUGUGGCGGAUCUAUUCUCAACGAACGUUACGUUAUAACUGCUGCUCAUUGCGUCACAGCGCUACCGGUGGAAUUGGUGGUAGUUGUUGCUGGCGUAGUUGAUCUACAAAUGCCAACUUCGAAACAUGAGAUCGAGACCGCUUAUGUUCAUGAAAAUUAUAAUGCCAGAGAUGCCUAUGCGAACGACAUUGCUCUAAUCAAGGUGAAAGAACCUUUCGUGAAGUCUACUUUAGUAUCUUUCGUGCCCAUGCCCUCCCCCGGAGAAAUCGCCAAAACUAACGAUCCAGCUAUAGUUUCUGGAUUUGGUACACUCACGUAUGAAGGAGAAAUGACAAAGCUUUUGCACUGGGUGGAUAUCAAAAUAGCUGACCAAAAUUACUGCAACCGAAUGUAUAAGAACGUUAUCCACAACACACAGCUCUGUGCGUACGAUAAUACCACUGUGAAAGGACAUUGCGAUGGUGAUUCCGGUGGUCCUUUAACGGUGAAUGGAAAACUUCAUGGAAUCGUCUCUUGGUCAAAGAAUUGCGCGAAUGUCGUAUAUCCAUCGGUCUACACGCGAGUCAGCUCGUAUCUUAAUUGGAUAAAUGAACACGCGGUAUAAUAGAUUCGCAACUAUUUAAACAACGCACGAUAUUGCGAUCGGUCAAUUCAUACUCUCCCUUUAGUUAGAUCGUUUUUGGACGAAAAUGUUCCGCUCGGAACACGUUAAAAGAUUACGCGGAAUCCUUGUCAGUAUAAAUUAUAGCGCGAACGUAAAGAAGACUAUUCUGGAGUUGAAAUGUUAAUUUUUUAAAGAAGAACGAUAGACAGCACUGUCUUCGAUUCUCAUUUAUUCGCACUCAAUAGCCUGAGACGUGUUAUAAACUCGGAAUUUCCGAACGGUUAUUGGAAAAUACAUGUAAUAGCGCAAGUUGCCGAAGUCUAUGACCUGGAGGAAUACCGCGACCUUUCCGAAAAGGUGAAUACCCGCGUAAGUUCAGAUAACGCUGUACCCGUAUCAGGAGAAGACACAUCAUUGGCGUAUGGAAGGGUGCGAGUGAUAUUCAGAUCAAAGAUCAACUAUCGCUUAGCAAGUAUCAACUCGCAAUUCAGUUACAGAUACUCAAACCCUUGUAAAAUUGUUAAGGCUUACCUGUAUCAGAUAUACAAUAUAUUCGUUUUAAAUGUAUGCACGUGAUUAUUACUGUACGAGUACGUAUGCAGGUAAUUAUUAAUCUAAAAUAGUAUAGUAUCAGAAAUACGAAAAAAUGUUUCAGUUGGAAGUCGUUUGAUCUCGUGAGGUAAACUCAAUAAGAUAUUUCUGUAGGAUCUUUACUACAAUUACUUUAUUUACAAUAAAUGGAUUAAAGGGAUGUUAAACUGUUGGUUAUACAGGAAACAAUGGUUGUUUAACGCGAACUAAUCAUAAUAACGUAUUAUAAUUAAAAUAACUAGAUAGUUAAUUUGCAACUCUCGUCACCAACGCUCGAUCCAACACUCUCUCUCACGCGGACCACACUCUCGCAACAACGCUAGUGUCACGACUGGUACACUUCAAAACCGAUGGGCUGAUGACGGAGAUAAAGAUGUGGCGCCACUUGGCGACAAUGUACAUUGCCGAAGCGAACUGCCUAAUGAGCCACCAAUAUCCCAACGAUCCUUCCGCCGAAUGUUCGAUAAGAAGGCCUGCGUGGCAACGGUCGCGGACGCCUAACAAACGCGUAGAUAGUGGGGAUAUUGAGGGGUGACAAAGGAGAAAGAAUCGAAUCCGAUCCAAAGUCGAGUUGUAAGAACUUCAGUCUUGGCAAGCCACGACAGGAGUUCGGAAGUAAAUUGUCAUUAGUGUACAAAAGGUGUUAGCAAAUAAAUUCUCUCUUUUUUUAUUUUCA